CCGGGCGUAAUGACAGCCUACGAAUGGCUGCCGAGACGUCUCCGCGAUUAAGUGCUUGUGGUGUCAGUGAGUGGAGGACCCGACCAGCAUCAAAUCAUCUCCAAAUGAUGCGCCUCACGACAAUUGUUAGUUGUUACUUGCUAGAAGAUCGUCGGACUUGCUGAAACUACUGACCGGAUUUUACAGGCAUAAUAUGAGCCACCGGGCCGCCUUCCUGGGCGGGGGUUGGGCACGCGGCGGCACGUCGGAAGUGGUACGAAGGGCGCAUCCGGCUUCCGGCGCCCAGUGGAACGUCCAGGUGGUCAAAGGAAAAGUCAACGGCAAGUGCCUGUGGAACGCCUGCAAGGCUCUCAGCCUGGGACUACUGCUCAUGGUAUUAGGUGCUGCUAUGGCUACCAUUGGUUACUAUGCGGACCACCUCUCAGUUGCUCAAGAAGUUAGAGGAAAUCGUACCGUAAAGGUGAAGAAUGAAUCUCGAGGCUUCCAUCUCAACAAUUUGUCCUAUGCUGGUCCCAUUGUCAUGGGAGUUGGAGGUUUCAUCGUAGUAGCCGCAUGCGUGAUGACCUUCGAAGCUCGCGAUUCAGCCGCCAAGGUGGUACCUGCCCGUUUCAAAGCCUCCACGAUGGGUGCCCCAUCCUCCCAGUGUCCGCACGUGCCUCAUGGACCGGGAGUUGCUACAGGAAGUAGGCACGGCUCGCUGAAAACGGCAGGAUCACAAACUGCAGCUGCGGUCGCGUUGACAGCGCAUGCGCAUGCGCAUUGUAGAGCGGAAGGGGGUCAUACGGAUCGUAGGGCGCUCACUCAGUCUUUUCUCCACUUUUCGAGGGGGCUUAACGCUAUGGAGGCAGGGAAGAGGAAAACGUCUUCACUCAAGGUUCCGCAGUUUCAGGGUGCUAUAAACAGGAGUCCAUCUGCUCCAGACUUAGUGCUACAGCGAUCAUCUAGUAACGAGCAUUCAUCCGCAACACCUUCACCAAGUCUGAAUCGCACACCAAACAACAAAUCAAGCUCAAAAACGAGAACUUUCGCAGCCUGUGCACUGCUCAACCCCGGCUUACUGCACAGACAUGCGUUGUCUGUUGACGAAACAGCUGGUAACUAUAGAUUAAGCAACGAAUCAUUGCACCCAAGCGGAAGUCAAGAGGGCUCAAUGGCGAUGGACCUGCACCUUGAGUGUCCCGUAACGUUACGGAUAAGGGACAGGCGGAGGCCUUUAAAGAGGCAGAGGAGGGUGGACGAAGAUGCGGUACAAGUCAGAGAAGAGGCAAGUCUGAGGCGCAGCUCACACUCCUGUUCGGUGCGGGUCACGGGACUGGGGUUGAGGGAUUCUACGAGGAAAGGUGGAUCAGCUCACCAACUUCCCACCCAUACUUCCCAUUGCCCUUCCCGACGACGAAGUUCAAACGCCUCUGACUGUACUCAUCGAUCGAGGACCAGAAGAAGAGAGUGUCCUCACGCCAGAGGACAGCUAGAACGUGCUAUCAGUUCAGACUCAAGAUUGACGGGGGCAAUUCCAAAAUGCUACCACCAUCAUCAGCAUACACCCCAACCCACCCCAACUCAAACGUCAACAGAGCAGGACCCAGGGGGAUCAGGUUCUGAGUCCGAACUGAGACAAAUGACAACGCACACUACCGUAGUGCAAGUCAGUCCUACCAGGAAUUAAACCCUUUCGUAUGCAAACAGUGUAGAGGAAACCAAAUUGUAGGUGAAGUAGUGCAAGGCGUUGGCCAGUCAAUUUGUACAAAUAACGAAAGAUGUUAGGGGGAUGAUUUCAACAACACGGUUUGACUGGUACUGUCAAUUAUUGUUAUUUGGUGCAUUCAAACUUUAAUGGGGUGAAGCUUGAAGUGGUAUAAAAAUGCAUACUCAAAAAGUAUACGUACUUGUAAUUUAUAAAGGUUUUGAGUCAUCAAGUUUUCGUUGACAAAUGCGGGAAUUUCGUAUACAAUAAAUGUAGACAAGUUUUGUGUAAAGAGUCCCACAGUUCUCAGUAGUGGAAGAUACAUUGUUGUAUUGUGAUCUUGACUUUGGCAAUAUAUUUUAUAAAUAGAACAAGGUAAGUCGUGUCUUGCUGCAUAAUCGUCAAUCAUCGAAUUGGCUCUUUUCAAAAAGAUCGAUCCCCUUACUUACUACUUCGAUUAGUCAAGGUAGUAAGCUGAGAUUGGGAAUCAUGUAAUUGCCACAUAAAUACCAAGAUGGUGGCUGGGCACUCGUCAGUUCGACAUUUUGAUCGACAGUCAAUUUAUUCUGUAUGGUUACGGACCAUCGCCAAGGAGUUUCAAAAUCUCGUGACACCAACUUCUACUUGAAAAAGGUCAUCAUCAUCUUGAGAUGUUCUCUCACUUCUACGCUGAAUUUAAGCUUGCUAAUUUAACCCAAUCAGAAAAUAAGUAGAGCAUAAGCACUGUGAACUCCGGCAAGCACUGAAUGUAAGUCAAACUGACUCCAGAGGAUCACUUUAACGAAAUAAGAACAGGCAGUAGAGGUACUGUCAAAAAACAAUGCACCAUUAUUGUCUAGCCACUGAAUGAAACCACAUAUUAUGCACGAGAUCUCGGCUACCACAGUAACCUUUUUCAAUUAUAAUUGUGAAAAGUAAUUCAAGCGUAUGUGAUUUCAUUUAGCAACCUAACAAUCUUGGAGUGAUGUCAGCAUGAGUUACAGAUGUUACAUUAAGAAAACAGUUUACAAUAGUCUAUGCCACCGCGAUUGCUUGACUCAUUUUAAGAAAUAAACUCCUGUUUUUGAAAAUCAUUUCCCUAAUUUCGAAUAGAAAAUGUAAUGCCUUGCAAUAAAAGUCCUCAUGCAUAGAUAAAAUAGGGAUCAAUGGUUAUACUGGUAUCGGUUUUUUAUAGGGAAAUCGAUAAAUAUCCCCGUAUGUAAACAUUAUUGUAACUUCAAGUAGGACUUUGUUAUCUAGACUACCAUGUCUUGAGUGUUUGGUAAAAAACCCUUUAAGACUGUCUGAAAAUGAUUGUUAGUUUUCCCCAGUAUCAUAUAAAAUUGCAGGAAUAUAGAUAGCUGAGUUCUACGUGAAAAACAUAGAGAGAAAACUAAUGGUUGUUCUACGAAGGUACUUAAAAAUGUCAAUGGAUUUAUCAUCGAUUCUUUUCAAUCAGCAUCUACUGGCAUCUUGUUUUUCUUUGUAUUCAUAAUUAAUUAGUCGAAUAAUAUUAUGUUAUUUAUUCCCCACGUUUCAUAAACCUGCACUUCUUUCUGAUGACCAAACGACCCUGAAAGUGAGCUUAAGGUCAUACUUGAAGCUAAAUUUCUGGUCGGCAAAAUCGUCAACAUAACAAAACAACAUUACACAUACACUUGAUCAAUUUGGUUUUGGAUCAUUUUCGGGUGCAACGUGUAACCAAGAAGUUUCUAUGAACAUUAAGACUUCAAUACGCUUUCUGUAACGUAAUUAAUUCGUUCAGUGAUUCAAAUAAAUCAGCAGAAAUGAUCAAAGUUACAAUUUGUAGGCAAACUGAAGCUCCCACCACUGUGUACUACACAUUCUAGUUGACCAUUUACAUACACUGCCUUGAUUUAGCUCUAUGGUUGCAAAUCUCCCUGACUAUAUCGGUUCCGGAUGAUAUAAUUCUAUUGAACUCGGAUGUUUCCAGCUGGCAGGAUAUCUAAACGACCUCAAACGAGCAACAGGUCGAAUUUGCACCUCAUACGUUUUCCCUCAUUGUAUUUUACCAUGCUCUAGAUACCCUAUAGCGUUAAUAUGAGACACGGCAUUGGAUGCGAAUAGCAAUAUCGUUUCACCAAUUCGUAGCUUUGUGUGCAGGAUGUUACCGAGAGUAUUUACACAGCUGAAGCGUCAUAAAGAGUACAAACGUCAACACUAGCACAUGAAUCACACAACGCUUAGCAUAACUUCGAGACAGUGUUGCCAUUUAUACUACCUCCGAUACUUUGACUGUGAUAAGAAAUGAGCUCAGCAUCGUCUAUUGACUAUAAUAGAGAUAUAAUUGACAGAUGAUAAGCCAUUGACAAUUUUAGUAUCAGAUCAGCAAUAAGAUGUUGAUGAAAAGUGCCAAAAUGACACAAAAGAAAUAGGCCUCAAUAUGUAUUAUAGUUGUUUUAUAAUAUAUGUGAAAAGUAUUAGACAAUCCAAAUGUAUACGUUGUUCCUUUACCUUUAUCAACAAAUUCAGUGUUUUCUUGAUCCCUUCCUAUGAACAAAUAAUUAUAAAAUGUGUAACAUUUUCCUCUGAAAGAUGUAUCAAUUCUGAAGCCAAUUUUGAAGCUCAAAAUAUUGUUAAUAUCUUACGAAAAGCGGAAGAACCGUAUGUAAAAUAAUAUUAUUAUGUCAGAAGAUCAUUAGACACAUUCACAUAUAGAUUAGGGAUACUGUGAUCAGUGAUAGUUUGGAUUCAGUAGUUGCUUAAAGAACUUGGCAUUUUUAUGAUUGUUUAAAAAUGUUUAAUGUCCCCCCUGCAACAUGGAUCCAAUCAGAUUAUUUGGUCAAGUUCCUAAGUAACCCUAGUUUACAUUUGAUCGUUUAUUCUUAUGAUUUUCGUUCAACACGUUUACUUUUCCAAGGGUCAUAUGGGGAACUUUUGUUCAAUCUCCAAUGACAUAGAUGGAGAAUCAAAGACUCAUUUUAAUUGCUUUUCUGUAAACCUUUCUGGUUAUUAAAUACAGAACGCGUCAAUUUUAAUAAAUGCAGGCAUGCUGGUAAUAAACAUUUUGCUUAGGUCUGUGUUUUCAGAAAAACUAGUAACACUUGAUUCUUAUUUUCAUAUUUUCCACAUUUGUGAUUAACUAUUUAAAUACGUAAAAAUCUUUAGCAGAUACGAAAAGGAGUAUUUAUGAACUUUCCAGAACUGCCAUCAACUAUUUUUUUGCCUUAGUUUACAUGCCAAAAAUCGAAAAAGUAAUUUUGUCAUCCCUUAGAAGUGAACGUGUAUGUAAUCUUCCAUAUUAUACAAGAAAUGUUAGCCUGAAAUGUAUUUUAUAUCACUUCCUAUACUCUUCAACGUGUUCACAUACCUUGAUGAGACUUUAAUACGUAAUCUUCUUUUGUACCAUAUCAUUGCGCCUUGUCUCUCGCCUAUACUCAUAUGACUAAUUGUAUAAGUUCGUGCACACAUUGAGGAGUAUUUCCACAAAAAAGACUUUUUCAUACAGAAGCAAUCACGACCCUUAGUUCAGGGCAGAUCUAAAUGAAAAUUUCUAAGCCAAAUGAAUGUGAUUAAUGUUCGAAAUAGUAUAUUUAUAUAGAAACGUAUUUACAUGUUUUAGCGACUAGUUUUCACGAGAUGUAAUUAUUGUAUUGUUAUCAAUAAAAUGUCCAGUGUU